AUGGCGGCCAGAUAUAACGACAAUGCCGAUGAUCUCGGCAGAGCCGACACCAACAAUGACUAUCUUGCCGACCUGAAGACAUCUCCUGACCAUGUUGAAGAGGUAGUCAUCGCUCGUCUAACUGAAGAGGAUGUCUUUGGUCUCUCGCAGGAGUCCCUUAGAUUCAAAUCAUGGACCGGCUUUCGCCUUUGCCUCAUCAUGUUUGUCAUGGGCUGCAACCAAGCUGGAUAUGGAAUUGAUUGGGCAGUUAUUGGUGGUAUCAACGCCUACCCAGCGUGGCAUGAAUACUUUGGUUUUGGUACAAGCGGAGCUACUUUUGGUACAAUCAAUGCUUUGAUGACAAUCGGAACUGUCUGUGGUGCGCCGUUCCUCGCCCUGUCAGAUGUGAUCGGACGUCGAGGCAUCAACUUCCUUGGUAACGCCAUCGUCAUCGCAGCUGCCCUUCUACAGGGUCUCGCAGUCAACCUACCAAUGUUUAUGGCUGGCAGAUUUUUCCUUGGAUUUGGUUCCGCCCUCAUGUCUGCUCCUCAGUAUAUGGGAGAAGUUACACCAGCUCAUCUUCGUGGUCUGCUGGUCGGACUUUUUGGUGCCUGCUUCCAGAUUGGAAGUCUGGGAAUGAAUGCUGCUUUGCUUGGGUUCAAUAAGAUGGAGGGGAACUGGGGCUGGAGAAUCCCCCUACUUCUUGAAGCACUUUUCCCCGCGAUUGUCUGCUCUAGUAUCUACUUCAUCGCCCCAGAAAGUCCGAGGUACCUCAUCAUGAGGGGCAAGAAGGAGCAAGCCAAGAAGAUGAUCGCUCGCUACCACACAACGGAAGGGAACAACCCAGAUCACCCUCUCGUUGGAGUUGUUGUUCAACAAAUCGAGGAGUCUCUGGCACACACACCAAAGAAUCGUGAAGUUUGGGAUUUCAGAGCUUUCUUCAAGAGAGGUGCACGUUACAGAGUUCUUGUCUUGGUUCUCUACUCUGUAUUUCAGCAAUGGAAUGGCGGUGGUAUCAUCGGCCAAUAUCUGGUUCCUGCUCUGGAAACCAUCGGCAUCAAAGAUUCCAUGCAGCAGCUCGGUUUUAACUUCGGUUCGACCGCAGUGUACUUCGUCUUUACUGUGUUCGGUUCCUUGAUCAUCGACAAAUUCAAGCGUCGCACCCUGAUUUUCGCUGGUUUGAUCUCCUUCAUUAUCCUUCAGACAUGCGCUACAAUCACUUCAUGGCAAUACAAUCUACACGAAUCCCAAGCUCAAGCCGCCCUCACCGUCACGUGGAUUUUCAUCUUCCAAGCUUGUUCGGCAACACUCAUUGCUACUAUGCACAAUCUCUAUCCGGUCGAACUUCUGUCCUUGCAUCUCAGAGCAAAGGGUAUGGCUAUGUAUGGUCUCAUCCAGGGAGCAGCCGGAACCGUCAACAAUUACGGAAUUUCCGUGGGUAUCAACAAAAUCGGAUACAAGAUUUGGGUCGUAUACAUUGUAUACAACUCCAUUCAGCUGGUACUUUCGUACUUCAUAUUCCCUGAAACCCAUGGAUUGACGCUUGAGGAGAUGGAUGCUGUCUUCGAGACUCCUGGUGUUCGACCUGUCAAGAUGUCGAUGGAUAUUCAAAAGGCAAAGAAGGAAAAGGCAAGAAUGGAAGCCGAACAAGCUCAGCAUGGAGAGCUUUGA